AUGGUUUCCUGGAACGACGGCGAGACUAGUGACUCGUCUAUUUCUCUCCCCUCAUACGAAUCGGAGCCCUACAUACCAUGGACCACUGUGGAUCCGGAAUGGUGUGGCAUUGUUUCUGGAGGCCCGAUCUGCAGUCAUAAGACGCCGGUGGAGAGGGGAGUUGCAUUUCAAAGCAUCCACACCGGCCGUAGGUUUUUGGGGUGUUCGGAGCAGGGAGGUUACAGUUGUGGUCUUGUUGAGUGGGUUGACCCAGAAUGGCCAGAGCCACUUAAGAAUGCUCUGCGCAAGCUUUGGGAUAUGUAUGAGCAGAGCCAAGAGCAGAUCAAGGUUGCACCUGAUGCUAAUGAAAUCAAGACUGAUCUUGAGAAGGAGAAUAUGUCACUGAAGGGAGAUGUAGAGCUGCUGAAGAAGAUCCAGGCCACUCAGGCUGAACUCAUUAGCAAAUGGAGGAAAGAUGCACAUGUUGAUGAAGUCAAUCAACAGAAGAAAAGGCUUGAGUUUGCCAUAUCUGACCUUUUAAAGGAUGGAGAGGCCAACAAGUCUAAGCUGAAGAGAAUCAAGGCUAUAUGUGAUGAGUGA